AUGUCAUCAUCGCCACCACCACCAUCAUUUCCAUUAUCAUCGACAAGCAAUAAUAAAAAACCCAUACGUGAAUUAAGUUCCAUUACGAAUCAUUUACUAGCAACGAAAACUUUAAAUGCGCUAGCCAAUAAUAAUAAUAAUAAUUCAGUUCCACCGCCACCACCAUCGACGUCAUCGAUAAAAGAAAACAUACCCAAUGAUCCGAAUAUAAUUCAGCAGCAAAAAGCGUUGAAUCUUCGUUUAGCUGCAGCAUUGAAACCUGUCGAGCGAGACAAUGUUGCAGCUCUACUUCAAUUGUAUCAGACAUUGUCGAAUCAAAGUAAUAAUCAGCCUAAUUUACCUAGUAAUGGCCAAACGAGUUCAACUGUCAACGAAAACUCAUCGUUGGGAAAUAAUCUAUCGGUUUUGAAACAACAAAAUUCUGCGAAAAGAGCAAUUUCAAUAACAUAUUUAUGUCGCUUUAAUCAACGCAACCGUUUGAUUGAAGUUCCAUCAACGAGUGAAUUUUUCAACCAGCAACAUGGGAUAUCUCAUGAACAUUUAAAACAAUUGAUCAUUCAAGAAUUUCAAAUACCCAAACUCCCCUUAAUUAUACAAAUUUGGAGCGAACAAUAUCAAGAAUACAUCGACAUUGAAUCAUAUAAGAAAAUUCCUCUCGAUGGACGCAUUCAAGUGUUAAUUGAAAAAGAUCUGAACUCAAAUGGUAAUUCACCAUCUGUAGUAUCGAAAAGUCCGACAACACCGAUGUCUACCAAUGCAGCAACAGGAAUGACUCGUUCAAUCACGCCAAUUCCAUUACAAUCGACUCCUGGUGAUAAUCUUCAUGAAGAUGAACUACCAACGAAAUGCUCCUACGAUGACUCGAUGAAUACAGCUUCACCCAUGCAACAAGUCGAUAAUUUAACUCAUUCACAUCCUGGACUUAUGUAUGAUCUUUUACCAAAACCGAGUGACGGUAUACCUAUACCACGUUUUCCACCGCACAUUGCCGCAUUCUUGAAUGGUAAUGGAGAUGCUAACCAAUUGAAUGCACUCGUUCAAGCUCUGUAUCAAGAAAUCGUCAAAUAUGAACUUUAUCCAAAUGCCGAUGAAUUACGUUCAAUAGUUAGUCGUCUAGUUGAUCGAUAUCCAAAUAGUUUAGCUGUUAUCGGCAGUGUAGAAUUAUUAGUAAGAAAAUUAUAUUAUAAAUUUUGUAACGAGCGCAAAAAGUAUCCAGUUGAAUUAAAACGUCGUCAACCAAAUAAGCGUAAGCGAGUGCCACGCGAUGACGAUUUAAGUAUGAGCAACAUAUCUCAAGGUCGAAAUAGUAAUACGAUGAACGAUCUCGAUCGUUUAAUGCAUUUAUGGACAGAAGCAAAUGACUACAAAGAUGCGAAUCUUCGACAACAACAUCAAGAACAUUCACCGUCGGGCUCAUCAACUGGUUCAUCGUCGCCUGUCUCAAAUCAUCAGAGUAAUGCGGUCAAACAGGAACAUAUGGAUGAAUGUCAGAAAUAUCAUCCAUUAAAUCUAUCUGUUGGAAAUAAUAAUGCUAAUGUUAUGUGUAGUGAAUAG